UUUUAGAAUUUAUAAGUUAAAAAUGAAUGGUGGAAUACAUUUUUUCGCUUUAUUAUUACUUUUAGUUGUCAAUCUUUCCUUCUAUACUGAAGUCGAUGCCAAUAAAUCCACUUUAUCGGAAGCUGACGCUUUAUCGAAUGUUUUAAAGUAUGCUAGUAAAUCAGGACGACCAGGACGUUCAGUACCAACCCAAAAUGUUAGAUUUCGACGUCAUUCGCGUUCAGUUCCUCUUAAUGACGGAACUGCGCGUGUUGCGAGAGACGGAACUAUAGUUAUAAACGGAAAGCGCGUUCUGAUCGCAUGA